CAUUCAAUUCUGGUACAUUUUUUAUUCAUAAAUUUGGCCGAAACUCGUUUGCAAAGCACAAAUUAUGAAAUUACCACAUUUCCGUCAAAACACUUCACGCCUUCCAUAUCGUGUAUUUUUUACGAAAAUUAUUCUCAUUUGUCGAAAACCAGUUCGAAUAUUUGGCGCCUUAUAGCUGCUGAACUGUUUUACAGUCGAGCUUUUCCAAAUUAUGGUGUUAAACAUCAUGUUUAUCCAGCAAGGCAUAGAGUUGUAAGGCGCCUCCGAACAGGUUAAAAUGUCAAAGCCUGUCGAUGCAAAUUUUGAUGACGGUUUGGUAUUAUCUGGAUACCAAAAAAAAUUAAAUACGAUGAAGAAAAAGUUUUUCGUCUUAUACAAAGAUACAAGUCGAGAAGGCGCCCGUUUAGAAUAUUUCGACAGUAUAAAAAAAUUUAAGUCCGGUGCAGUUCCCAAACGGGUAGUUAAAUUAGAGAAUUGUUUCAAUAUAAAUCGGAGACUAGACACAAAACAUGAUUAUGUAAUAGCUCUUGCAACCAAAGAUGGUGGAUUCGGUAUUGUUUUAGACAGUGAGGCUGAAAUGCUAAAGUGGCUGCAAGCUUUGCUUUUUCUUCAACGCAGCAUUACAAAUAAAUCUGAUAUAUAUAUGCAGAAAUUUGAACACGUUUGGCAAGUUAAUGUACAAAAGAAAGCCUUGGCAGAAGAAAGGAGAAUCAUCGGGAACUAUCAUGUUUGUUUAUCUGCAAAAUCUGUCACAUUUAUAAGGAUUGGUCCAGAAAGAUCAUCAUCUGGCUAUAUAAGAACCACUGAUAUUAAUAUUCCUUUAAACACUAUACGAAGAUGUGGAGAUUCACAUUGCCUUUUUUACAUGGAAGUUGGAAGGCAAUGCAUCAUCGGUCCUGGAGAGUUGUGGAUGGAAACAGAGGAUCCACUAGUAGCACAGAGCAUGCAUAAAAUGAUCUCAAGUGCAAUGUCGGCUAGAACAGAAAAUAUUGGAGACAGCAUGAGAAAGAGAUCAUCUUCUGUAACGGAGGCAUCUAAGCCAAAUAGUUUCACGGACACAGGAAAUUAUCGUGCUGAUAACAAGAAUUAUAAUAUGAAUCAGUCAGGUAACAGUAACAUGGCUCGAGGUAGAUGUGACAGCUUUCCUACAAGAAUUCAAGAAUCGAGUGAUAUUUUAAAUCAAAGUUUUAAAUCAUCGCAAAUACAACAUAUUCCUUGUUCAAUAGUUCCUGGUUCCUUACUUUCCCGUCAUAGUACAAGUCCGCCAUCAGUCUCGCCAUUUGGAUGUACCGAAAUAAAAGAAACGUCAAAACUAGAUGAGCAGGAAGAAUCCGGCAAUUAUUUACCGUAUCGCUUCAAGUCUGCAGAAAGAGCUAUCCCUGAAGAGAAUUCAGAUGAUUUAAUCAACUCUGAUAGUAGUAUUAAUUUCCAAGGGGAAACAUAUAUUUCUAUGUCGCCAUUGUCUAUUGACAAUAACAAAAUCCAAAAGGAGCGGCAGAUUGCAUCGGGAGAUGCAGCUUCUUUAUCUUCCGUCAAUUCUCAAAAUUCUUUGGUAACAACCCUUUUGUCUUCACAGAUGCACUCCAUAAUUAUAUCUUCUGCAGGGCCCAAUGAAUCGGAAAACGAGGAACGCCCCAAGCGCUCGUAUUCAAUUGGAAGUAGAGUUGAUAAGAAUAAAAACAAACGGUUGGAAAAUUCGAAUGAGAUUGCGCAUGACACAAACGCUGUCCGAGUCAGAGCGUUUUCUGUUGGAUCCCGUGCCAAAAUUCCUAAAUGUGACUUGCAGAGAGCUGUUUUAUACCCAAGAUCACGCUAUAAUACAAGUUGUAUUAGCAAUAAUAGUUUAAAUUUUGGUGCCGACGAGGUAGGAUAUAAAUUGGAGUUGAAUGCUAACUCUGAGAAAAAGUCUACGAGUGCUCCUUUAUUGGUUCAAAAUAGUCAACUCCCCAUUGAUUGUAUGAGUGAUUUAAUGGAAAUAGAUUUCUCAAAAAGUUCAAGUCAUAAAACACAUGGAAAACUAGUACCUGCCAACGAAAAGUGUUCUGAUAAUUGUGUUAACGAAAUAAAGGUCUCUCAUAUUUCAAAAUCUGACUGCGAUUUCUCGCAGCCCUUACCUUCCUUACCAACUACCGAUGAGCAAAGUGGUUACUUGGAAAUGAAGCCUGUUAAUAAUGAAAGUUUUCACACAAUAAAUAAGUCGUCGCCCGCUCUUUGUAAGAAAAAUUCCGAUAAGAUGGCUAAUAUGAAUAAUAUUUUUAAAGAGUCAAGCGUGACAAAACAGGAAAUUGAAAAGAGUUUUCAAGAGAAAUGCGCAAAUGUAGCCAAAGUGUCAAAAAAUCAAAAAAAUCGUUUCAGCUUGGCAACUAAAAGGCUUAAUCCUGUAUUGCUGGAAGAAAAUGGGAUGAAUCGAAUUGAAAUGAAUGAAAAUUCUACCGCAACCGUGAAAAAUAGUCUCCAAUCCACAAAUGAUUAUCCAAAAGAAAUAUCACUCUCUACAGGCAGAGAACAAAAAUCAGCGCUACCUGUAAUAAGUGAAACAAUUUCUGCUGCAUCAUAUACGCCUUCCUCGUCAUAUCACCCCAUAUGUAGCACAUUUAAAUCUUCAGCAAUUUCGCAAUGUAAGGCUAAACAAAUGCCACAGAGUGUGGUGGGUUGUGAAGAGAGUGAAGGAUAUUGCAUUAUUGACAAUAAAACACAACAAAACAACACGCCUAUUUCUUCAACUGCAAGCUCUUGUUAUGAGUUGUAUUACGCAAAACUGGAUUUGCCUAAAUACAGUACCAAAGAUAGCACAAAAUUCCAUAAAGGUGAAGCAGAUAUUUCUACAAGAAUAAAUACAGAAAAUGAUUCAUAUGCUAAAAUAGAUUUUGACCAUUCUUCGGAUUCAUCAUCUUCUUCGAAAACUUUAAUUAAUUGAAACAUCGAAAUAUAUUUUUGAUUAAUGUUAUGUAAAUAUAUAUUUUUAGUUAAUCGUAUUGAUGUAUUUGUGUAUUUCGCCAAUUAAAAUAUAAGAAUGUACAAUAUACAUUAUUAUAACCUAGA